AUUUGAUAUGCAUACCAAUUCACACCAAGAUUCCUUUGGUCGCUUCCCUUAAAUCCCGCAAGGGUAGUGUACGAUAAGAUGAGCCAAAUGAACAGUUCGACGGCCCUCUUUCGAGGCUGGUUUUGUUUACCUUUACGCCAUCUAGCGAUUGCAGAAUGUACUGCGAGAAUGUAAAUGCGAAAAGUCAGACGCAGGCGGACGCAAGCGAACUCGACGAAGUGAACCGUGAUAAGUGAACCGUGUUUGUACCAGCACUGAAGCUGAAAUUGCUGUUGCGUUUACUCCUCUAAAAUUGUUUGGGAUUGUAACUCGUAAUCAGCUCAAAAUGUGGAAGAAUCAUGCGCUAUUAUAGUGUAAAGCAGAAUGUAAUAUUGUCAUGUGGUUAAGAACAAUCGGAAGGAAAUAUAAUGGCGCUGGUCACUGUAAUGGACAGAUCUUGCAGCGCAUAUCGCUGGCAGAGGAAGGUUGACCGAUAUUUCAAGCGAAGUGUGAAGUGUAUAAUAUCAGGAUGAGUAACACAAAAUAUAUGCCUUUCCUAAUAAUUGUCUAAUGUAUUUUUAAAUAAAGAAUAGGUUCUUACGACUGAAUGUAUCAUGACUGUGAGAUUGACAGAUCCACUCGUGUUAUUAUAGUAUCGGCAACAUGAGUGUAGUAAAUAAAAAAGAAGAUUUAAGUCAAACAGCUGGUGAACCAAGAGUUCCAGAAAUUUCAUUUGGGUCCCAUUUUGCUUUACAAGUAGCAUUGCAAACUAUGAAAGAGCGUUGUCAGCAGUUACAGCAGCGGCUCAUUGCUGUAGAGGGAGAAAAUUUGAGUUUAAGAGUGGAACUGGAAAGAACAAAUGUCAAGCUAACUGGCAGUGAUAAACAAGAGGAUGAUGGCAAUGCCUCAGAUGAGCUUCAUCAGCAAGUUGCACAACUUCAGCGUCAGAAGUCACAACUAACACAUCAUAUAUUUAUGGUUGCCAAUGAAAAUAAACAACUGUGGAGUCGUCUUAGUCGUUUGACUCAAGCAAACAGAUCAUUAGGAAGCCACCUUUCUCGUAUUAAUGAUACUUUGAGUCAACGAUCCAUCAAAUGCAAGGAUUCUUUAGAUGGAGAUCAGGAUGAAAGAAAUGGAAGUGGUCACUUUAGUAAGGAAAAUGGUCAAAUUAAUGGAAAUUCGUUGGAUGGCGAGGAUGUGAAAGAAGAAAGCUUGGAAGAGAUAUCUUUAAAAUUAAUCAAAAGUUUUCGUCAGGAAAAAAUUGAAUUGGAGGAGCAGUAUGCUCAGAUGGUAGAAAUACAGGAGGGAUGCCCACCGUUGGAGCUGGAUUUUGCAGUGUUUGAAGCGGAUUCACCAGUUGCUGAUUCUGAAGAUGACACUGUCUUAGAUGAAGUUCAAGAGAUUGUGGAGAGACUUCGAUCUUUACAAGCUGCUUUGCAAGAGCAGAGAGCACAACUUAGAAGUUCUCUUUCUCAUCUUGAAACUAUUAAAAAUGAAGGACGAAUGUGUCCACGGUGCCGAGGGCUGGGCCCAACAGUUUUGAAUGGUAGUAAAACAGCUCAUGCUGAGUUGCUUGAUGUGGAAAUGGAAGGUGCGCCUGCUUGGGCUGCUCCUGCUCUUCCAUCAAGUCAUGAUGUUCAGCGCCAGUUGCAGUGUGUGGCAGAGCCUCCUCUCUCUGAACUACCAACUCCAUCUUCAUUUAAGAGAGGCUCAGGACCAAGACGCCUAAGUGAACGAGCUGCAUCUUUUCAUGCCUCUUCAAAUCCUGCCUCAACACCUAUUGAACAAUGGAUGUGUCCCCUGUGUAGCAAAGUUUAUCCGAAAUCAGUGGAAUUUGAAGAGUUUCAGCAACAUGUAAUGAGUCAUUUUGCUGAUGAAGAUCCUGAACCUGAGUCCAUUAUAAAUAAUUUUGAAGUUGUUCCUAAAAACUUGGAUGCUUUAUAGAAAAUAUUUUACUACACUAGAACAGUAGCUUGGAAGGAAUACUUUUGUAGUAUGCUAUCUUCUGGGUUCCAGUGUGACAGAAUUUGGUUUGGAUAUAUUUAUGUUCUAUUCAAUUUAAAACUUUGUGCACUAUGAAAGAUUGUCUAUGAUGACUAGUUUAUACAGUAUAAAUGUAAUACAAAAUAUGUUUUACAAGGGAAUGUAAGUAAGUUUACUUCUGCAAACGGUAAUUUUUAUUUUAUUAAUUGAAACUCAAUGGUUCAUUAUGUGGAAAAAACUCUGGUAUUAUAAUAGAACGUAAUACUUCAGAAAGUAUUUAAACUAUUCAUAACAUUUUUUGAUUAAUAAUAACAAUUGACUAAGAGUUCUAAGAACACCCUGGUACAUUGUGUAGUUUAACUACCGGGAAUUUGUAAGUAUUAAGAAGGAAAUCCAAGUGAACCCUUACUAAAACAAUCGACAUGAAUGUAGAGGUCAAAGUGAGGAUUUUAUUAGAAUAUUUAUAAUUACAUUCUGUAACAAAUGAAACAAACUAGGUGUUUUAAUGCCAGUUUUCUGUAGCUUCAUAAAAUGUAAAAUUACAAGUAAAGUAUUGUACAUUUGAUUAUUUGACCUCGGCAAUCCCAAUUGUUAAAUAUUGCAUUUUCAAAUAUGGAUUAUAUUAAGCCUUGCCUAGCAAUAUUGAUGUGGACAAAAGUUUAAAGGACAGUCCUGACCAAACUGGUUUACAAGGACUAAGAAUACCUGGAACAAUGUUGCUUUAGGUAAAUAAAAUUUGUAUGUUCUUUGUCUGUGAUGGUAGUUUCUAUUUACCAAUUGUUGAAGUGAUUAUUGACUAUUUAAGGGUGCUGAGAUUGUAUUUUUAUAGUUGUGGGGAUUUAUUCUCCUUUAUUUCAUUAAUAAAGAAGUUUUUUGAUU